UGGUGACAAUCAAUAAACGCCAAAAGCGAAUAAGAGACUGAACAUAGCUGAACGCUAUCAUCACUUAGCCGGCAUAGUUGCUCGUUGGUGUUGACGAGAGACUUCCCGGAGCGGUGGGGAGGCUUAGCUGCGCUUUUACCAACUUAACUACUCCAACCUAAAAAAAAAUGAACCGCUCCCGUUAUAGGGCCUUUUUCGUCCUCUUUGCCGUUUUCACACUCACAGAAAGCCGCCGCUACCACUUGGUAUCAUCCAGCCGAGGUGGAGCUCAAGUUCCGAGCGUGCCUUUACCUUCCGCCGGUUCUCAAGUCCCUUCACAGCAGGUGGAAGAUCAGCCCAAAGCGGUGCUUGUGAAAUGUCACUCGGACGCGAUGGAGCUCGUGCUUCAGGCGGAUUUGUUCAACACGGGGCUUCCCGUGGAGCCGGCACACCUGCGCCUCGGUUCCGAUCCAGCGGGUGCAAGUGGGGCAUGCCGCGCGCGACCCACUGGUGACGGCGACUCGUUGACCAUAUCGGCCGACCUGCUGGACUGUGGAACUCUGCGCUCGUCAACACAGGACAAGAUAAUCUAUUCGAAUGUGCUGGUCUAUUCCCCUGAGCCAUCUGAUGGCUUCCUUCGACUGGACGGAGCAACGAUUCCGGUUGAGUGUCAUUUCGACAGGAGGUAUUCUGUGGGUGGAAUUUCCAUGCACCCUACCUGGAUUCCUUCGGUCUCAGUAGGCUCAGCUGAGAGUAGCAUCGACUUCAAACUGCGCCUCAUGACUGACAAUUGGCAGUUUGAGAGGCGCUCGCAUGCGUACUUCAUGGGUGACCCGAUUCACUUGGAGGUGUCCGCGGCAGUCCGCAAACACCAGCCCUUGCGCGUCUACGCGGAGCGUUGCACUGCCACAGCCGGCCCAGACCCACACGCCGCCUUAAGAUAUGACUUUGUUGAGCGAAAUGGAUGUCUCACCGAUGCCUUGCACACAAACUCCAGCUCUCACUUCCUGCCCAGGCACGACGGGCACACGCUUCAACUUCAACUCGAAGCAUUCAGAUUCCACCAGCAGCCUGACAGUCAGGUCUACAUCACUUGCUGGCUGAGGGCUGUUCCAGACUCCUUAGUUGUCAGCUCUCAAAACAGGGCCUGCUCUUUUAUUGACAACAGAUGGAGGUCCGUGGACGGGGACCACGGUGACUGUAGCACCUGCCAUCCACUGGCAGCCCCAAAGGAAACGACCACCACGACGACAGACAGGAGGCUGUACGCAAAUUCGGGCUGGAAUUUUGCUCCUAACAAACCCAGGCAACCAACUACUUCUCUGCGUUCCCGGCCUGAAAGGUUGCAAAGCUACACAUAUCAGCAGACCUCUUCUGGUCUGAUGAGGCAAAACGAUCACAAACCAGUGAGAUUCGUCCAGCUUGGACCUCUUUCUGUUGAAUAGACAUCGCCACUAAGGAUACUUUGACCGGCACCUCCUGCCUGCUGUUGGAUGCGCAAUCCAAGAUGAGCUUCGCACAAUGGAAAUUGAAUAUCUUAAAAUUCACUCUACUGGCCUACAUGUUUGUAGUUUUUUUGAACUACCUCUUGUCUCCAAAAUACAUGUUUUACAGUAACCCUGAA